AACCCCCAUAAAACUCCAUAAGAAGAAGAAGUUCGUCCACAAUUCAUAUCCCAGUUUGAGCAACGGGUCCGCUGCAUGCCGAGCGGACGACGUUCUGUGCAGGUUUGGGUUAGUCAACGACAACUUCAAGAGACCAUUUAAGUGGACGCAAUGGAUUCAGUCGGGCAAGAUGUCAACUUGAACUCCCCCAACAAGGGCCCGCCCAUGGAACAUUCCGGCAGUCUGGCUGAUUUUCCGGCGGAAGGUGCACUGCAAAACUCGGGUAACCCUCUCCCGCCAGGCCUGACAGAGGAAGAAGCUGAGGAUCUUCGCAAUGAGCUCUCCAAGGUGGAGGAGGAGAUCAGCACCCUACGUCAGGUUCUGUCCGCCAAGGAAAGACAUGCCGCAGAGCUCAAGCGAAAACUGGGCCUCAGCCCUCUCAAUGAGUUCAAGCAAAAUCUCACGAAAAGCUGGCAAGAUGUCCAGACCUCCAAUGCAUAUGUGUCUGCCUCGGCUACUUUGGAUGACAUUACCCACUCUGAAGCAUACAAGAAGACUCAGGAGACCCUCUCCCAGGCAGGACAGAAGACCAGCGCGGCUCUCACAACCAUGGGCUCGGCCAUUACCAGGAAACUGGGCGACAUGAGAGUGCUUCCUUUCUCCAAUUCUUUUAGUAGCCACUAUUCCAUUCGCCACUCCAUAAGUAUGCCAGCUAUGAGGAACUCUGCCACCUUCAAGUCGUUUGAGGACAAAAUGGGAAACCUCAAGUACAAGGUUGUGGGCCCCCGAGGGGAUGAGAGCCCAGCUGAUUCGGUCACUCCCACUCAGGAGAACCCGCCUUUCUGAUUGCCAGCAUUUUGACUGAGACUUCCCACCACCACAUUUUGCAGCAACGUCGCUGAAGGCCUCUGCCAAAACCACACAACUGUUUUUGCGCCCUCUCGUUCGCACCUCUGUAUCCAGCCAACCUUUGACCUUUUGACCUGAGUCGCUCCCCUUCCUGUCCAUUUUUGUCAGUGUGAACGCAUGCUCGCAUGGCGGUGCGAGACACUCCUGGGUUACACUAAUCCUGGUUGCUGCGCGUCUCCUCUCCGCUGUAUCCCAGCAACCGAGCUCUUGGGUGAACACUUUUGUAUGAUAAACACUUUUUCACUGCUUUGCAUCAUGUUUUUACAAGGCUGCUGCCACCAUUCCGCAUGGGGGGAAGCAAGAAGAAAAGUAGCAAGACACACACACACACACAUACAAACACUUGCGCAUGACUCGCUGAAAUGUCCGUUUCCUUCUCGCCUUUCCUUGCACUCCUCUCCCGCUAAGAACCACCUUUAGCUCCAAUGUUUCGCCGUGCACCACCAUGUUGGACGGGUGCACCGGGAGUUAACUCCUCGCCUAGUUUGUCGUCAGGUGGCCAUUUUGCAUAUUCCUGAAAUACAAAUCUAAAAAAUUGUCCAUAUAGGUCAAUGAGUGAAGCUGCUUGAAAUUGUCCGCAAACAAACAGCACUGAGUUGUUUAACUUGUUACACAUGCUGUCACUUUUAGCUUUCUUUCAAUGUGGAAAACUGCACAAGAAACAUUCUCAUGCCAAAAAUGGCAAGCCAACAUUAAAAGUGACGUUUAUUUGACUUGUGAGUUGUUACAUAUAGCGCAUUUUGUUUCCUUGGUUGAAAUUGCCAAACCCGUAUAACUUGGGCCGCGUUUCUUGUCCGCGGGUCUUUCUGUCACAGAUUUUAUUUCCACCCACAAUGGAUGAGAAAGAAGUGCAGAAGUGUGUGUGUCACUGUGCGUGGUGUCAAGAGUGCAAGUUUUAUGCUGGACUUUGAUUAGAUGCCUAUUAUUGUGACCUUGGAUCACGUUAGAAAGCUUACGGUGGAUGAGUUUUUGUUUUGCUGUGUAUGAAUGAUCAAUAAAGCAUUCCUUUAAAUGAA